AUGAGGCGAACAGAGCAUCAUUCGAGGCCACAUUACAAUUACCAAACACAGCAACAAUAUUAUACACAGCAACAGUAUCAAACUCAAGAAUCUCAUUCGGUCAUACUGGUAACUGCUGGUUAUGAUCAUACCAUUCGUUUUUGGGAAGCUUUGAGUGGUAUUUGCUCUAGAACUAUUCAACACCCUGAUUCGCAAGUCAAUAGACUAUGUAUUUCUCCAGAUAAAAGGUACCUUGCGGCUGCAGGAAACCAACAUAUUCGACUAUAUGACAUUAACAGCUCUAAUCCGAAUCCGAUUACUUCCUUUGAUGGUCAUGUCGGAAAUGUAACAGCCGUUGGAUUUCAUUGUGAAGGAAAAUGGAUGGUCACGGGUAGCGAGGAUGGUACUUUGAAAAUUUGGGAUACAAGAGCGCCGUCAAUUCAGCGCAAUUAUGAUCAUAAAGCACCUGUUAAUGAUGUAGCAAUUCAUCCUAAUCAAGGUGAAUUAAUUUCCUGUGAUCAAAAGGGAAGCAUAAAAAUUUGGGACUUGGGAGAAAAUUCUUGUACGCAUGAAUUGAUCCCUGAAGAAGAUAUUCCGAUGCGUUCAGUUACUGUUGCAAUAGACGGUUCAAUGCUUGUCGCUGCGAAUAACAAAGGUAAUUGUUAUGUGUGGGAAAUGUCCAAUAAUAGGGAUUUUACGGAUUUAGAGCCACUUACAACAUUUUCAGCACAUAAGAAAUAUAUCACCCGAUGUUUAUUGAGUCCAGACGUUAAGCAUUUGGCAACGUGUUCUGCAGAUACAACGGUUAAAAUAUGGUCUACUGCUAAUAAUGAAUUUGAAUUGGAUAAAGAACUAAAAGGACAUCAACGAUGGGUGUGGGAUUGCGCGUUCUCCGCCGACUCUGCUUAUUUGGUCACUGCAUCUUCUGAUCAUGUGGCACGCCUUUGGGAGUUGCAACAAGGUGAAACCAUAAGACAGUAUAAUGGACAUCAUAAAGCUGCUGUUUGUGUAGCAUUAAACGAUUUAUCAAUUGGAAGUUGA